AUGCUCACUUCUAAUCGAUUCAAGAAUAGUCGAGUUUAUUGGCACGCGUUUAUUGCUUUCUGGGGCAUCGUCCUGUUUGGCUACGAUACGUUCGUGGAUCCAGCUCUAAAUAAUUGCUUUGGGUUCGCUUAUCUUGACGAAUCUACAGUGGGGUCGCUGGAGGUGAGCACACUCCGUUCCCGGGAGCUGGAUUUGGCCGUUGAUGUUCUUCAUUCAGGCGUCGUCGCUAAUCAGUAUUUUCGUGAAUACUUCGGCCUCAUCGUGGAUGGGGAAAUAGAUCAGAAACGGCUCGACGCUGUGUCCUCCAAUGUGGUGUCAGUUCUUCAAGCUGGCGCCUUUUUUGGCGCUCUCGGCAGCGCUCCCAUUUCGGCUAAGCUUGGUCGAAAAUGGACUUUGGUGGUGUUCGCAGUUGUAUUCAUCGUAGGCGCUAUCCUCACCACUAUAGCCGGAGGUUCAAACGGGUUAGCAGAAAUUUACUCAGGGCGGGUCAUUUCUGGUAUAGGCAUUGGCGGGAUCUCUGCGGUGGCCCCUGCGUAUAUAUCCGAAUGCGCGCCCAAGAACGAACGAGGACGAAUCACGGGUCUCUUCCAAAUCAUGGUCACAACGGGCGUCAUGAUCUCUUAUUUUAUCAACUUCGGGAUUGGCAUACAUAUACACAACGAUCCAAAGGUUUGGAAAAUACCGUUUGGAGUGCAGCUUAUUCCUGCUGGAAUAAUGUGCUUUGGUCUAUUUACGCUCAAAGAGUCCCCUAGGUGGCUGGCAUCGGUUGAUCGUAAUCAAGACGCCAUAAGAAGUCUGGCGUACUUGCGCAAGCAGCCCGUUGACUCGCCUGAAGUCAUCCAUGAGAUGGCGGAGAUCGAAGCCGCCAUUGAAGAAGAACGUGCAGCAAGGAAGGGUCUCGGACUCAAAGAAGCUUUCUUCGGCAAAGGAAACUUUGUCCGAUUCGUGGUAGCUUUCGUCAUCUUCUUAUUCCAGCAGCUGACGGGGCAGAACUCUAUCAACUACUAUGCACCCCAGAUAUUCACAUCUAUUGGGUACACCGGCACGAAGAACUCCCUGCUCGCUUCGGGAAUCUAUGGUGUGGUCAAAGUCAUAACAACCAGUCUCUUCGUUUUAUUCUUUGUCGACUUGAUUGGCCGUAAACGUCCCCUGUUUGCAUCGGCCAUGGGCAUGGGAAUCGUCUUCUUCAUCACUGGCGCGAUCCUGAAGACCCACCCACCUCAGGACCUUCCCUUGGACGGCCCGGCUCCCAGCCCUCCUCCAGCAAGUCAAGCAAUGGCCGCGAUGCUCUACAUAUACGUCUUUUUCUAUAGUUUGGGCUGGGGACCUCUUCCUUGGAUCUAUUCUUCUGAAAUAUUCCCGACAAGAACAAGGCAUUAUGGUUUGGCAGUGGCGAGCGCAUCCCAAUGGUUAUGGAACUUUGUCAUCUCCAAGGUGACUCCCCAGAUGCUGUCUGAGCUUCACUACAAGAUAUUCUUUGUGUACGGCACGCUCAACAUAGGAGCACUGGCUGUCUUCGCCCUGAUAAUCCCGGAGACGACGGGUCGUAGCUUGGAAGACAUGGAUGUGAUUUUCGGGUCCGUCACCGCGGAGCAAAGGCAGAACGAGAUUAUCCGACUAGAGAAAGCUCUGGAUGCGCAUCAUGAAGACGAGGGUAAAGCUAAGGAAGUAACAGUACGCGAAAGCGGGUCUGUCGAUGAGAAAGUGUAA